ACGCCUGCAAGCGAACCGCAAGACAGAGCAUUGACCAAGCCGACCGUGUAAACAUUGUCAAAAUGACUACGAGUGCCAACGAGGAGUUGGGGCGGUUCCUAACGAGCUGCGGACUUCCUCAUCUGCUGGACAAAUGCAAAGAUUUGAAGUUCACUCUUGAAGGACUGAAAUAUGUUGAGAAGUCUGAUCUCUCAUCUAUAACGCCCUACCCCGGAGAAGUUGCCAUCCUGUGGGGCAAGCUUACAGAGCAGAAGCAGAUGGCCCCAGUUCCAAAACGCACGCACAAUGUGGUAGAUUCUGAGAGUUCCAACACCAAUGCCUCAAGUUCUAAAAGGAGCAAGACUCACCAUUCACUUAGUCAGGAAGCGGGACCCUCUUGUGCAGAGCCAGGGAGUGCGGCUGCAGGGACGAAACUUAAUGCUCUUGCAAACUCCAAAUUUGUGGAAGACUUUGAUUUGUUGGCAGCUCUUAAUGGUGACUCGGUAGGAAGAGAGAUUGUCAAGGCUUACCAAGCAGCUCAAACAUUAGGAGAGGAUGAUGAUGAGGAGCAACCUGUUUUCCUCACAGAAUCACAGAGAAAUAAAAUUGUUGAAAUCAUCAUUGAGCAUGUGCAGGUCCACACUGAGAAAGUCCCGUACAAUCUCUUGCAGAAUUUGGCUGUAAAGAUAGUGGAACUUUUCCCUACAGAAUGUGAGAAAACCUAUUACGUUGGUCCGAAGCAAGAACACUCUUCUAAGACAGGAUCAGAGGGCAAACUGUCGCAUAGAUUGAAGAACUGCAGGAACAAACCUAAAAUAGCGAAGCCAAGUUCAACAACCAAAGCUGGUGCCCGUAACAGUUUUUCUUCGUUUCUCAACCAGACAAUCACAUCUGAGAUUACUGAGGCACAGGCAUGGUUAUCUACAGGCCGAACUCCAUGGCCUGAAGUCCUGCGGAAGUGGGCUUUAACUGCACCUCUGAGAUUUCAGCAAUUGUUCAAUCAAGACUCUUCGUACGUCAACUCAUAUCUCGAGGAGUGGGAGGUGCUGAAGCACAAAUCAGGCUUUGAGUUGCUCUUGCAGGACUUUGCCUUAAUCUAUCCAAAUUGCCAAGACAAUUUGCAUGUACGCUGGGAUGUUUUUGAGAAGAGAACUUUCAACAUUGCUGCGAAAGAUGUGCGAGACUCAGCAGGAAAGGAAUACCUUAAACUUUUGAGUGACGAUCUGACCAAAGACAGCCGUGCUUCUAUCCUGUUGGCUCUUCUGCCUUCCAUUAGGGCCUCUCACAGAGCUUUAAUUGGAGGGAAAGCAGUGAAAUUUUCAGUUGUGGAGGUGCGGAGCAGUUACCUUCUUCAUGUCAAGGUCCCAGGAGAUUUGAAGCGAGCUUUGGAUGCGUUCCGUCUGAGUUAUGCUGAGGAAGGUGGUGGCAGGCCCAUUGUGAUUGUUGUGGGCCCUGCUCUGACCAACAUCACCACUGCAUACAUGUCAGUGGCCAAUCUCCUGUUCAAGCUCCGAAGUGUUGUUGAAGCACUGGAUGUGUGUUUCAAAGUUUUCCAUGCGCUGCAUUGCUCCUAUCCACCACAGUGCAGCCACAUUUGGAUGAUGCUCCAAAAAGUGAUCUACAACAUCAAUACGGAGUGGGACCAGAAGCAGGACGUCAAACACAGCUGGAUUAACAGUUAUUCUUUUUAAUCCUCUUUCGUUACUUUCAUUUUUUUG